UGGGGCGGGGCUGCGGGCCGCGCUGCGCUCUCUCAGGCCACGCUGCCGUGGAAGUGAAGGGGGCGGCGCGUUUCCCCCGCUCCCCCGCGGCCUCACGCCCCGCCCUUCCCCCUCCGUCACCAGGCUCCGCGCCGGCGCCUCCCAUGUGAGCGGAAGGAGCGCGGGAGCCGCCGCCGGAGGAGGCUGGGAGCCGGGGCGGGACGCAGGCGGAGACCCGCCGCCACCAGCGCGGCGCCGGCAGCGAAGCCGCCCUGGAGCCGGCGGUCCUGGCCCUGACAGCCCGGAUCAUCCAGAAGACACAAUGAGUUUGAAGGCCUUCGAGCUCGUUUCUGCUGUUGAGCGGGAAAUGCUCAUGGGAGACAAAGCUCGAAUCAACAUUGAAUGCAUUGAGUGUUGUGGGAAAAACCUCUAUAUUGGAACCAAUGACUGCUUUGUCUAUCACUUCCUACUGGAAGAGAAGAUAUCAGCUGGAAAAAUAACUUUUACUGCCACCAAACAACUGCAUAAAUACUUGGGCUUCAAGAAAGCAGUCAGUGAGUUGAAAGCAGCUUCAGCACUCAACAGGCUACUGGUGCUUUGUGACAACACAAUAACAUUAGUUAACAUGAUGAACCUGGAACCGAUCCCCACUGGAGCUAGAAUCAAGGGAGCUGUGACAUUCACAGUAAAUGAAAACCCUAGGAGUGGGGACCCUUUUUGUGUAGAAGUUUGCAUUAUCUCAGUGAAACGGCGGACCAUCCAGAUGUUUAUGGUGUAUGAGGAUAGAGUCCAGAUAGUGAAGGAAGUGUCCACUCCGGAGCAACCCUGUGCCGUGGCUGUAGAUGGUCAUUACUUGUGCCUUGCUCUCUCUACACAAUAUAUCAUAUUGAAUUAUAAUACUGGCAUCUCCCAGGAUCUGUUCCCUUAUUGCAGUGAUGAGAAACGGCCGAUUGUGAAAAGGAUAGGCAGACAGGAGUUUCUGCUGGCUGGACCUGGAGGAUUAGGUAUGUUUGCAACUGUGGACGGCAUUUCCCAGCGCGCGCCUGUGCACUGGUCGGAGAAUGUGAUUGGAGCAGCCCUGUGUUUUCCUUAUGUAGUUGCUCUUGAUGAUGAGUUUAUUACAGUGCAUAGCAUGCUGGAUCAACAACUAAAACAGACCCUGUCUUUUAAGGAAGGCCACAUCCUACAAGACUUUGAAGGAAAGGUAAUUGUAGCUACCAAUAAAGGUGUGUACAUCUUGGUGCCGUUACCUUUAGAAAGACAGAUUCAGGAUCUUCUAAGCAGCCACAGAGUGGAAGAAGCCCUAAUCUUAGCAAAGGCAGCCCGAAGGAACAUUCCAAAAGAGAAAUUUCAGGUAAUGUACAAACGAAUCUUGCAGCAAGCAGGUUUUAUACACUUUGCACAGCUUCAGUUCCUAGAAGCAACAGAACUCUUCAGAAGCGGCCAGCUGGAUGUCCGAGAGCUGAUCUCUCUCUACCCCUUCCUGUUGCCUACUUCCUCUUCAUUCACACGGUCUCAUCCGCCUCUUCAUGAAUAUGCUGAUUUAAACCAGCUGACCCAAGGGGACCAGGAGAAGAUGACUAAGUGCAAACGAUUCCUCAUGAGUUAUUUGAAUGAAGUCCGCAGCACGGAAGUUGCAAAUGGCUACAAGGAAGACAUUGAUACAGCUUUGCUCAAGCUAUAUGCAGAAGCUAAUCAUGAAAGCCUUCUGGAUCUACUGGUCUCGGAGAAUUUCUGUCUUCUAACAGACAGUGCUACCUGGCUGGAGAAACACAAAAAGUAUUUUGCACUUGGACUCCUGCAUCACUACAAUGGUCAAGAUGCUGCGGCACUUCAGUUAUGGGUGAAAAUAGUUAAUGGCGACAUUCAAGAUUCUACACGUUCGGAUCUCUAUGAGUAUAUAGUAGACUUCCUUACCUUCUGCUCAGACCAAGAACUAGUGUGGAAGUAUGCUGAAUGGGUUUUACAGAAAAGUGAGGAGGUGGGGGUACAGAUUUUUACGAAAAGGCCUUUGGAGGAGCAAGGGAAAAACAGCUUUAAUCCAGAUAAGGUCAUGAACUGCCUUAACAAGUACCCCAAGUCGCUUGUUAAAUAUCUGGAGUACCUAGUCUUGGAUAGAAAAAUAAAGAAGGAAAAGUAUCAUACCCACUUAGCUGUGUUGUAUUUGGAGACGGUGCUGCAACUAAAAUCUGUGACCAUAGACAGUUGUGUGGAAUUGACUGAAACACAGACUAAGCUACGCAGUCUUCUUCAGAAAUCUGACUUUUAUAGAAUUCAUUUUAUUUUAGAUAAACUCAAGGGGACAGAUCUUCAUAUGGAAAGGGCAAUACUAUAUGGGAAACUGGAAGAACAUGACAAAGCUUUGCAUAUCCUAGUCCACGAAUCAAAGGACUUUUCUGCUGCUGAAGAUUACUGCAUAUGGAGCUCUGAGAGUAAAGACCUACCAUACAGGCAAAGGCUUUUCCAUAUGUUGCUCUCGGUGUAUCUAAAUCCAGGAUCUUCGGACUGUGAACUGGUCAUGGCUGCUGUAGAUCUCUUGAAUAAUCAUGCUGCUGAAUUUGAUGCAGCCCGUGUCUUACAGCUUGUGCCUGACAGCUGGUCAGUACAGCUCCUCUCCCCAUUCUUGACUGGAGCAAUGAGGGAAAGCAUUCAUACAAAAAGAAUGACCCAAAUUACACUUGGGUUAGCAAAAGCUGAAAACUUAAUCUAUAAACAUGACAAGGUUAAACUAAAAGGAAGCCCAAUUAUUCUUUCGGACAAAAAGCUCUGCCAGGUGUGCCAAAGUCCCUUCUGUGAGCCUGCAUUUGUGAGAUACCCAAAUGGUGGUAUGGUUCACACCCAUUGCGCUGCAAACAGACUCAUGAAUCCUAACAUGACCCAUCACAGUCAGACUUGAAAUAAGUUCCAGGUUCCACUAGUUUCCAUGACUUACUCCUUGGCAAACAUGCUGGAUAAAGAGCAAAGUGCAGCUACAUUAACAAUAAAUCAAGAUGAAGAGAUUAUCUUGGGGCUAAUGGGAAGAUUUCAAUAAAUGUGAAAUAUGGCCACUUAUCUGCUGAUCUUUAUGAAUGUAGACAGCAAAGAAAAUAUUAACUAUCAGAAAUAGAGACCUGCAAGAACAGGCUCUUCUGUGUAUAGUUAUAAAAUAAAAUCUACCUUCUGAAAGAAAAUAAGCCUUUUCUUCCCAGAAAGGAUGGAUAUGGGGGCAGACUAAUGUUUUUUAAGGAAACUUAAAUUUGCACUGAAUGUGUUGCUUAUAAACGUGUGGCGGGGAAAGACCCUUUUAUUCAGGAGUCGGAUUUUGUCUGUCUCUAGAACGCUUUAUGAAAAGACUAUACAGUGUUGUAGCCGUGUAGAGAAGAGACUGGCAUGAUGCAGCUUAUUUUCAAGAAAAAAAUGCAUAUCGAUUGUUAGCUGCAGCAUGUCCUCAUUUCUGCUGAAAUCUGUUCCACAGGAUCACAUUAUGAACUUGUUCUGUGCUCUACAAAUUGUUGGCUUUUGAUGCACUUUUUGUCUCUCUCUUCCCCCCUGUCCCCCAUGUUCUGCUGUAUUGUUGUCAUAAAGCAAAUUUAAGUACUGGCCUGUUGCUAGUUUCUACUCUUUGUUGUGUAUAAAGUAAUAAACUCAGUGGAAACUGAUGGCCUCAUACAGUCACACAUCUGUAUUUGAAAAACCCAGUUGUAAUGAAGCUGUCUGAUACAGUUUAGUCAGACCCUAGUCACUUUUUUGUUGGGGAAAGAGACUUGAAUAAUUUUUAAUAUGGACUUAUUUAUUAAUAUGCAAAUAUACUGUAAAUACAGUUGAAUAAAUUGGUCUUAUUCUUGAAUGUCCAUGGAGGGUAAACAUGUAAUCAGUGAUGUCAGAGUAUGGGUUAAAUUAUAAAUGUCUGCUGUAAUAUAACUUUAUAUUAGAUUUCAGUGGGACUCCUUGCAAUAGUAAGGGUCAGUGCUUUCGGAUCCCUGUGUGAGAUCUAGGACCUAGACAGAAAGGGGAGGAGAAGUCGUGAAGAAGUCAGUAAUGACACCCUCAGGUGCUAGUGAAUUUGGUGUGAUUUAGUAAAUGCUCUAUAAAUUCUGAAGUGUUCUGUUAGAGACAAGGUGGGUGAGGCAACAUCUUUCAUUGGACCAAUGGGAGAGACAAGUGUUCGAGGUUCUACAGAGCUCUUCUUCAGGUAAUGCUUUUUCUAUCAUAAUUUCAAAAAUAACAUUUACUGAUCCUGUGAACUCAAGAUACUGUUUAACCAAAUUUCGAGAGGAGCCUGAGAGUUGAAGGAGGCAACUUCGCUCUACAUAAGAGGAUUAUGUAUAAAGGUUUUUAAAACUUUAAUUCUUUAAGCCAAAUAAGAAAUCUAGCUGUAAUAAGUAUAAUGGUUGAAAUAGUUCGUAUGACUUUAAAUUUUCAGAUUGAGUCAGUUGAGAUUUUCAGCACAAAGUGUAUCUGCACAAUGUCUAGGGCCCUACCAAAUUUGCAGCCAUGAAAAAUGUCACCAACCGAGAAAUCUGGUCUCCCCCCAAUGAAAUUUGGUCUUUUUUGUGUUUUCACUCUGUACUAUACAGAUUUUCAUGGAGGAGACCAGUGUUUCUCAAACUGGGGGUCCUGACCCAAAAGACAGUUGCAGGGGGGAUCAUGGUAUUGCCACCCUUACUUCUGUGCUGCCUUCAGAGCUGGGUGACUGGAAAGCGUUGGCCAGGCGCCCAGGUCUGAAGGCAGUGUUCCGCCAGCAGCAGUGCAGAAGUACAAGUGGCAAUACGAUAUCAUGCUGUCCUUACUCUGUGCUGCUACUGGUGGUGGCUCUGCCUUUGGAGCUGGGCUCCCGGCCAGCAGCCGCUGCUCUCCAGCUGUCCAUCUGGGAAGGCAGUGCCACUGCCAGCACCAGUGCAGAUUUAAGGGUAGCAGUACUGCAACCUAGACGUAACUACUUUUUGAAUGGGGUAUCAUAAAUCUAUAUGGUCCAAAACGCAGAUAGAUUAAUAAAAUAAGUUCAGAGGUUGGUAAUGUAGACAAAAUAUUGUUGAAAAAAUAAACCAAAUUCAUGUAACUUGAGGAGUACUGACGUGAAGAAAUCACAAACAGUGUUAUCUUCUAUAAAGAUUUGAAUAUAGACAUUUUGUGAUGUGGGCAAUAGCAUGGAGUUUGUAAGAAACACUUUAUAUAUCCUAUUGGAAAACAGGCCUUUAUAUAAAAAUAUCAGCUGCAGUACUCUAAUUUUAUUUUCAUAAAGAUGUCUCACUAAUAAAAGGAAAUGUAUAUUUUUUUUUAAGUAAGGUUACUGUCCAGGCGCAACGUCAAAUCCAGAUGUUUCACACUCCAUUUCAAGAAGGGCCCCUUGGGGAUUUAUAAUACCUGGCUAUGGGCAAAUUUGUGGUAGAACACCUUAACUAAGUUUACAUGUGAAUAAGACCAAAUAUUAGUCUUUGUUAACAUAUUUAAUGUUAUCUAAACAUAACCUGUAAUUCAUCUAAAACAAGUUAAAAUCCAGCUAUUGCACACAUGCAAGGCAAAUGUUAAAGGGUAUAAGAAAAAUAGAUAGCGUAGAAUAACCUAAUCUAACCUGAACUGGAAGGAUUAUGGGCAAAAAUGAUGCUUAAGGUUUUAACUUAAGUGUAAUCUUGGGGGGCAGGGUAGGGGACAAUAUAUUGCUGCUUGAAUUUCAACUUCUCUAUCACUUACUGCUUUCAAUGUAUUAACUACAGCUGUGCACAUUUUGAGUAAAAUUCUAAAACUUAGAGAAACACCUUUCUUUGACAGGAAGCCUGUUGGAAAAAUUAAGCAGUAUAAAUGAAUUUGUCUCAAAACAACUCAGUUAUGUGCAAAAAUAAAUUAGCAAGUUUGUGGGACUACUACCUCUGGCACAAAGACCAUAAUUAAACUUCUAAUUCUAGAGAAAUUUGCAAGGCAUUUGUUUCAAAACCUUCAGUUACAGCAUCAUAUUCUGCAACUUUUCCAUUUCUGCUAUUGUUGUCCACUUUGAGAAUUUACCUCCAAUUAAAUUCAAAUUUUGUAGAAAUCAGUACAUUAAUGCAGCAUCACUAAACUGUGUAUAACCUAUGUUUGGAAACUUGCUAGGAUUUCCAAAUGAAAGUGAUCCAAAGAUAAAUCCAGGUUCCACAGAGGACAGUGAAAACAUGGCUGACUACACUCUUUAAUGACUCUGCUUAAAGAGUGACUUUCCCAGAAGUAGUUUUGGAGUAAUCUGGCAAGGUUGAAAACGCUUUGAUUGACUGUCAGCCUUGCUGGCCACCCUUUUAAGAUCUUUGAAGCAAAAUGUUGGAGAGAAGCUGCAGAAAGACGCUGACCCACAUAUAUGUGUGCUUGUCUACGACUAACCUUUCUCUCAUUUCAGAGUAGCAGCCGUGUUUGUAUUCGCAAAAAGAAAAGGAGUACUUGUGGCACCUUAGAGACUAACAAAUUUAUUUAAGCUUUCGUGAGCUACAGCUCACUUCAUCAUGAAAGCUUAUGCUCAAAUAAAUUUGUUAGUCUCUAAGGUGCCACAAGUACUCCGUUUUUUUUCUCUCAUUGUUUCUGCCUUUUACCUCUGUUUUUAACCCUAAUACUAAUAGCAGCAGCACUGAUUUCAGCGUUGCGUGCCUCCUGCUAACCAUCUAUAUUCAGGGAGGGUUUGAACUUCUCUGUUUUUAGCUAGUAAGACUUCUAUCGUAAGGAACAUGUUGGGUCUUUGUUUACUGCCUCUGGGAGGGAUUCAUUAGAGAUGGUUGGUGUCAGCAGCUCUGCUGACAACUUAGAUAAGAAAUGACACCAGCUAUGAUUUGGAAGUCCCAUUUUUCUGGUUUAUUCUUGCCUUUGAGACACUAUUCCCUCUGUAUGUGCUUUCACAUUAGCUGUCUUGCAGUCUCUCUGCCACUUUUUUUGUUCUAGCAAUUUAUUCAAUCAUUGCUGGUUCUGGAGUCGGUUCAAAGCACUUCUGUUUUCAAGAGCAAGCCUCUCUAGUAUAUCACAUCUUUGGUAAGCUUCCCAAUCAAAAUUUCAGCAUAGAAUAUAAAACAUCAUUGUAACAAUGAUACUAUUCAACCCUACAACCGGAAUUGAAUCUUCUUUCCAUCCUGUGUUGUCUGUACAAUUUCAGAUUCAUAUGAUAGCUGUUAUCAACAUGAAAUAAACUCUGGUUGAGUUUCGUUUUUGCUUAAGCACCCAGCUCAUAGCUUUCUGUACUGCCUGCUACUAGCACAUAAUGAAACCUCACUGAGGGCUUGUCUCCACUACUGGUGAGAUCGAUGCUGCGGCGAUUGAUCCAGCGAGGGUCAAUUUAUUGGGUCUAGUGAAGACUCGCUAAAUCGAUCACCAAUUGUUCUCCCCUUUAACUCCGGUACUGGACUGGAAGGAGAAGAGUAAGGGGAAUCAGUGAGAGAGUUUUUUAGGUAAGUAGAUCUAAGCUAUGUCGACUAGAGUUAUGCUACUAAUGUAACUCAAAUUGCGUAGCUUAGAUCAACUUUUCUCUGUAGUGUAGACCUGCCCUGAAUGUUGGCCUAGAAUUUCAGGUAACUCAGGGAGGUUCUCCUUUAGUCACCUACUUUGGCUAAUGUGUUCACAUUUGUUCUGGUGAAUAGGAUAUCUUUUCUCUGCUCCCCCCAAAAAACCUGACUGAGUCGUCUUGUCCUGAUUUACUGUCUGCUUUUCUCCCUAUCUGAAGCAAAAAGGAAGGGGAAAAUAACUGAUAAAAACUGCACUUCAGAAUCCAGUGCUCUGUUCAAAUUAGAGGCUAGAAACAGCAGUGAACAGUCCAAAUUAUGCAUGUAAAGGAUUUCAAUCAGUUGUCCUCAAUCUGUCAAAUUGUCAUGCAACUUGACUGUACUACAAGAAUAUUCUUGAUAAAUUCCAUAUCCAUGUGUUUGAAAGUUGUUUUUAUGUACUGUAUUAACAAAGUUUGAUUUGAGAUUUUUAUGCUCUUUGAAGUCUCUCUCUCUUCUCCCCCCUCCCCCAAAACUUUAUUUUGUGGAGGGGUUUAUGCCACAUUUCACUAAGGGCUUGUUUAUACAGCAAAUUACUGCUCUGCAGCUCAGCCCUGGUCUACACUACAAACUUAUAUUGGUAUAACUUCGUUGCUCAUGGGUGUGGAAAUCCCCAACCUUGAGUGCCACAGUUAUACCAACCGAACUGGUGUAGACAGUGCUAUGUCAACAGGAGGACUUCUCCUAUCCAUAUAGCUAUCGCUUCUGGGGAGAUGGAAUACCUACACUGCCAGAAGAAGCUUUCCUAUCGGCAUAGGUAGCAUCUUCGCUGAACACUAACUGUAGACCAGGCCUCAAAAUGUGACACUACAGCCCAACAGCUUACCAUGUGUUCACAUCCCAUGUGGUCACUGCUAAAGCACACUAAAGUUCUGGAUUGUAGCCGUAAGAGCUUUAGAUGCAUCUUCAGCCAUGUCUCUCUUGGGUUCAUUAAAAUAUCAGUUUUCAUUAUGCAUCAAUAUUAUGAGAAUGGUAUCUUUGAUCAUACCAGGGUGGGAAUAUAUGCAUAUAAGCAGUUUAAUACCUUCAUUAUACAUUCUUAUAUGAAAGCUUAUCUCUGAACCAAGGCUUAGACUUUACAACAAAAUGUUUUCAGUCUUUCUGUAUGUCUUACCAUGAGUAAUUAUUUAAAAAGCUGUCACUCUGAUAGUUUUCAUUGUAUUACUGUAGAGAACAAUCACUCAUUCUUUCCCAGUUAGCUUUAGUCUGAUUGUUCUAUACAGUUACAUCGUCAUUUUUUUACAUUAAAAUUACACUAGCAAUAAUGAGUUAAUUCAUGUCACCUGUUCUACUAUUACCUAUGAAUUACUAAUGCAGACUAUUUCCUUGGUGUAGAACAUUGUCUGAAGUGUAAGUUAAUGCUUUGUCUUCUGAACACAGAUUAUGAAAUGUGCUGCUAUUUGCAAAGGAAGAAAGGCUAGCUAUUUGCUGCAACGUUAAUGGCUAAUUACACAACUAAAAGUACUCCUGGAUUAAGCUUGCUACUGUGGCAACCUUCACACUUACUGUCUGCUAUUUUGACUUCUUGCUCGGUAUGUCAGUGAACAUAUCCAGCAGUAUGUGGAAUGUACAAAUGUAAACAUGUUGAUUUUAAUAAAUUAUUUUAAUUACUUUC